UUACAGGGUAUGUUUCUUUUAUUCAGAAUUACCUAGGCAACUCAGUGGUACAAACUGUGCUCAGUGUUAAAGUUUCCAUAUGGUAAAGUACACUUAACUUCCCAUAUAGCUGUAUGUUAAUGGUACACACAUGGGCUGGUGGUAAGAGAGCGGAGAAGGGGGGUUCCAUAACAUAAGCCAGUGUCUCUUUAAAAAAAAUUGAAGUUUCUUGUUGUAUUCUGGAAUGAGGUCAGACACGAGGCUCCUCAUUGCACGCGCUGAUUAUUAUUAGAUUCCAUUUUCGUCCAAUCAGCGUCGAGGGGGCGUGAUUUUGGCGCAGAGGCAGGGUAGCGACAGCGUCCGAUUGGUGGAUUUUUAUCGCCGUUGUAUCUCCGAGAAGGGAUAAAUACAAGCAAGGGGGGCCGAGACUGGAGGGCUGCUUGAAACUCGACUGAAGGUCUGCACAUGGAAGGCGGACAGUGUAACUCGCUCUAGGUUUCUUUUUUUUUUUUUCCUUCCUCUCCCACAGCAUGCAUGGCUUUUGUUUCUAGGAGAGGGGACAGAGCUGAUGCAGAGAAAAGCACUUAUCUUACACACUGUAUACUUGGGAGCCCUUUGUAAGUGCCGGAGUGCACAGUGUGGCACUCAGUCUGCGCUCUGCAGCUGCAUAGACUGUGUUCAGUCACCACACGGCUGAAUUGAUUUUAUAACACAGGAGGAAGAGACAGAUAACAGGGUACUACUGAGUGGAGAGUGGGCUCUACUGUCUGUGCUGUUUUAACACCUACAGAAACUGGAAAUUAAACUUUUUUUUCUUUUCUUUUUUUAUACACACAUCUAGCCUUUUUAAGGCUACACUGGACUGAACUGUUAUCGAGAGUUUACUGCACAUCUCAGGAGUGAAUCAUUUCGUGCGCUUUUUUUUUUAACUCAGCUCCAACUGCGAAGAGGGGGAGAAAAGAGCUGAGUUUGCUUUAAAGUGAAUCGGAGGACCAAGGAGAGAGAGAGAGAGGGAGAGAGAAAGAGCAAGUACACCGCUCUCCCUCUGUGUGUAUAACUGGGCAGCAUGGUGCAGAAAAUGAGCCACACAGAGAGCACCGCCGAGGCGCUGUCCUUUUUCGCCGGGGAUUCAAGCUCCGACUCCGGGGCGUGCAUGGAUUUGGACCCGGCCGCCUCGCCUCUCUCCCCGGGCUCCACAGCUUCCUCGACUGCCGGGGACAAACUGGGAGAGAACCCGGCGUGGUGUAAAACUCCCAGCGGCCACAUCAAGAGACCCAUGAAUGCGUUCAUGGUGUGGUCACAGAUCGAGAGGAGGAAGAUCAUGGAGCAGUCUCCGGACAUGCACAACGCUGAGAUCUCCAAGAGGCUGGGGAAGCGGUGGAAGCUGCUGAGAGACAGCGACAAGAUCCCCUUCAUCAGAGAGGCGGAGCGGCUCAGACUCAAGCACAUGGCGGACUAUCCCGACUACAAGUACCGGCCAAGGAAGAAGGUAAAAUCAAGCGCCUCUAAGCCUGGCAGUAACGGAGACAAGGGGGAGAAACUCAGCGGUAGCUCUAACAACACCAGCAGUAAGACAUCCUCAUCUUCGAGGAAGAAUGGAUCCAAAUCACCCAGCAGCAGCAAACCCCACAAAUCACUUUUCGGGAGCAGCAGCAGUAGCACCAAAGCAUCACCGUUUGCCUCUGAGCACCCGUCAGAGCACCAUCACAACUCUCUCUACAAGUCCAAGUCUGUCUCCUCAGCAGCCAAGCAGAUACCGGAUGGCAAGAAGCCCAAGCGGGUGUACGUCUUCGGGAGCAGCGCAGCCAGUUUGAGCGUCAGCCCCGCGUCCUCAGUUGUGGUCCCGGCCAGCCCGACACUCAGCAGCUCAGCGGACUCCAGCGACCCGCUCAGCCUGUACGAGGACGCGGCCAGCGGCAGGGAGGAGGGAGCCGACUCCCCCGGCAGCAGCGGCAGCCUGGGCGGGUCUUCGGAGCGCCACGGCGGGCACACAUACAGCAGUCGGCGGGCUUCCUCACCUACCCCUUCCGGCUCUCACUCCUCCGCCUCGUCCCACUCGUCCUCGUCCUCUUCCUCGGAGGACGAGGAGUUCGAGGACGACUUGCUCGACAUUAACCCGAGCCCCAGCUUUGAUAGCAUGUCGCUGGGGAGCUUUGGCUCCUCUGUGCUGGACAGGGACUUGGAUUUGAACUUUGAGUCCGGCUCCGGGGGUUCGCACUUCGAGUUCCCCGACUACUGCACGCCCGAAGUCAGCGAGAUGAUCUCCGGGGACUGGCUGGAGUCCACCAUCUCCAACCUGGUGUUCACGUACUGAGUGAGCAAAACAGGCAAAAACAACAAAACACACACAGGUAAAGUCCUGCGAGCAAAAAAAACAAACAAACACACACACGACCACAAACAGAACCAGGAGAUCCUGGCACAGUGGGCGUAAUAGUUUGUGUUAUAACUACACCAGUAAAAACCCACUGAAACUAGUCCCCGAUCACCUCGUCCUUAUAGGCAAGCGCUGCAAGUCCACAUGGAAAGCUAAACUUUAAAGCGAACAACUUGCUUUUUGUUCUUUUCUUCGGAUGCGUGGACUGGUUUGGGGACCUGGUUCACCCACACAGAAGUGGAGGGAGUGCAAACGAGAGAAAAGAGGAGAGAGAAACUGACUGAGUUUCCUGAUCGUGAAACGUUCAGUCCUGAACUGUUUUUGAACUGAAACAACUUUAACUGUGAUUGAUUUGCACGUUACGCGGUCCGCCGUUCACUUAAUCAAUGUUGUUGCUGAUUAAAAAAAAAAGAAAAAAGAAAAAGAAAAAGGGACAUUUCACAACUUUUUACCAACCACCAAGUGAACUUCACCACUUAAAAGGUACAGAACUAGGACUGUCGUGCGACAUUUUUUUUUUAUUGUGGUGUGUCACCGAGAGGGAUUUUUAAAUGAAACCGAGGUGGGUUGAUGUUUUUUAAAAGUCGGACUAUUUUCUCAAAAGCAAAAAAACAUGUUAAGCAUGAUAGCCUACUUUGUUCCUAUCUUGUGCUGAGAUUUUCUGUGAGACUGUCGAGCAGUUUAAAAACUAGUAUUAGGGUUAUUUAAAUGGAUAGGUGGCGCUCGCUUUCGGUUCUUCUCUUUAAGAUAAAAAAAAAAAAAAAAAAAAAAA